AGGAAAGGCAGAGCCAUGUGUUCUGAGAACCUGUCCCCGCCAUGAAAAACGACAUCCCCUUCUCCGUCACAUUUUUAGCUGGAGCAACUGCUGGAAUAUCAGAGGUGCUGUGUUUGUAUCCUCUGGAUGUGGUGAAGACCCGGAUGCAGUUGUCUGUGGGCCAGUCCCAGUACAAAGGCACCUUUGACUGCUUGCGCCAAAUUGUUAAGAAUGAAGGUCCGGCAUUCUUGUAUCGCGGUAUUUUGCCGCCUAUCAUGAUGGAGGCGCCGAAACGUGCGCUCAAGUUCGCGUCUAACGACUUUUACGGCAAGUUGUGGCGCCGUGUGUUCAACGUGAAGAAGAACACGCCUAUGUUAUCUGUGCUGACCGGCUCGUGUGCCGGUUUCACCGAGACGUUUGUAGUGGUGCCCUUCGAAUUGGUCAAGAUUCGUCUGCAGGAUUCGCGCAACAUGGCGCAUUACUCCGGCACCUACGACUGUCUGCGGAAAAUUGUCAGCGAAGAGGGUCUUCGCUCGCUGUACAACGGUUUCGAGGCAACGAUGUGGCGCCAUGUGAUUUGGAAUGCUGGUUAUUUCGGUCUCAUCCAAAAGGUGCGCAAGUUGUUGCCCAAGACCACCACUCGUCGUGGUGAGAUGGCCAAGAACCUGGCCGCCGGUACCUUGGGUGGUAUCUGCGGUACUAUGCUCUGCACGCCCUUCGACGUUGUCAAGUCGCGUGUCCAAACAACUGUCAAGGUCCCUGGCCAAGUCCCCAAGUACAACUGGGCGUUCCCUGCCGUCCGCACCAUCUGGCGCGAGGAGGGUGUUCGUGCCUUGUACAAGGGUUUCAUUCCCAAGGUACUUCGUCUUGGUCCUGGCGGUGGUAUUUUGUUGGUUGUGUUUAACGGCGUUCUUGAACUGUACAAGAAAUUCCAACUCGCCUGAGCAAGGAACUGAGCAUGAACACUUUUUUCUUCUUCAUCAUCAGCAUCAUAUAUACUUUUCCAAUUGUUUUCCAAUUUCCCGUCCAUUUGCGUUGAUCAGUCUUUUGCGUUCGCCCCUCGCAAACGCACUCGUCUUCGCUCUUCAGUUUUUUUCUUUUCCACUUCUUCCUUUGUUCCCGUUUUUGUUAUCCGUAUGUCGACUCAACAGAUGUUCUUCGUGCACCUGUUAUUCUCUCUUUCUCGCAACUACUCGGGUCCUUUUGCAAAUGAAUAGUAACGGUUUCGCUGGCGGCUUUUCAGCCAAUCAAAAUAGUACCCGAUUCAGGGGUGUCGCAAGUCGGCGCACAUUUCUGGUGGUGAGAAACUAAGGUUGUGGGGGAGAUGCGGGGAAAACGUGGGGAAAAGAAAUCUAAAAACCUGUAGCAGGCAGAGAAUAGAGAAAACAGAGUGAGACCAAGUACAAGCAUGAAUUGGCUGUUCACAGAGAAUUCCACAAUCGUCUAACGAACAAUGAGCACGACAUCUACC